GCAGCAGCAGCAGCAGCAGCAGCUGGAUCCAGGACGCCUGCAGCUGGAUUCUAACGAGGAACUACUGAUGCUGGACCUGCUUUUGCUUUUGCUCCUCUGAAGGACCUUCUGCUGGACUUUCUGCUGAGAGUUAGUGGAAACUUUGAGCAGGACUGUUUGUUAUCAGCUGUGGACAGACUGCCGAGGGAAAAAACAUGUUGUUCUCCAGCCGAGUCCUGCAGCACUGGUGUCUGGCCGUCUUCCUGCUCUGCUCUCCGGCCAGCGGUCGGCCCAUCGACGCCCUCAGCAGCAGGAUAAAGCGCUCAGUGACUCACGCUCAGCUGAUGCAUGACAAAGGCCGGACGCUGCAGGACCUGAAGCGUCGCAUGUGGCUGCAGGAGCUGUUAGACGAAGUCCACACGGCCGAGAUCCGAGACCUUCCGGUCAGAACCACUGCUGGAGGAGCAGCGGUCAGCGGCGGCAGCAGCGGCGCCGGCGUCGGUCUGGGCAUCCACCUGAGCACCACCGGCAGCACCCUGCACUCCAAACCGCCCGGAGGAACCAAGAACCUGCCCAUCAGCUUCCGGCUGGAGGAGGAGGAGGGAACCAACCUGCCGCAGGAGACCAACAAGCAGACGUACAAAGACGGCGUCCUGAAGGCGCCCGGCAAGAAGAAGAAGAAAGGCCGGUCCGGCAAGAGGCGCGAGGGCGAGAAGAGGAAGAGGAGGGCGCGGUCGCUGCCCUGGAGGCCGGAGGACGAAGCUGGCAGCGGAAUCCACCUGGAGUGGAGGUCGCUGCUCGGCCUGCAGAGGGCGCCACAGUGAAACGCCGUCAGACUCUGACGAAGAACCCUUCGACUCUCGGACUGACUCCUAAAUGCUCACGUUACAGACGUGUGGUGAUCAUUUGGAAAGAAAUUGGAAAAUAUUUAUUGUCUGUAAAUAUUCUAAAUAUAGCAGAAUAGAAGCAGAAUAUGAUAAAAAAAACAACUUAUUGAUGCUCUGCGGAGCAACAGAUUUUAAUCUUUGUGAAUCCUUGCUUUUUCCUUUUUUUAAUUCCAAUUAUGUCAGAUUUUUUGCGGUAAUUUAUUUUGUCUGAAUGGUGUAUUUAUUUUGUAAAUGUAUCGAGGUGCUGCUGACCUUCUAUAUUUUUGUACCAUAAUGCACUUUAGAUAUAUAAAUAUAAAUAUAUAUACCAUUAGUUUUGUUCAUUGUUUUUGUGGUUGAUUGAAAUGAAGAAAAACGACGGUCGUCCUUCACUUCGCUCUGCUCAGACGUCCACUGUUUGGUUUCUCGCUGCUGUUUCUCCGACUGAAGCCGUCUGUUGUCCUCCACCUCCUGGUUCCUGUUUCCUCCUCCACCAACCGCCUGCUUCCCAACGCCAGCGUUCACAUCUGUACAUAAACCAAUCACGGCUCGAUAUUGUUGUUUUUGGCACUUGCACUGAGAUAAAGUCUGUACUGAUGGAUUAAACAUUUGACAGUU